AUGUUAAACUUACAAUCAAAGUCCCGCAGACAUUGGGUCCAAUUUCUAAUUGAAAAGGUGAGAGCGCCAGGGUUUACGGUGGCUGAAUACACUGAAGAUAUCUCGCCACAUGAGUUGAACGUGGUACUCUACAUCUACGGCGAUCAGAUUGACAAGUUACUGAACGACAGAGCUUUCAAUGGCGAACGGUCUGGGAGUGAUGAUUCUCGACAUCAAUGGGGCCGUUGUGGAAAGUGCAACGCGAACAGCGUCAUUAUUGAUUUUCCUAAGUCCCUUGUCCGAUUUCAGGGCACGUAUUCCGUCCCGUUUGAAUCGACCCGGGGAACGUGUCCUACGUCGAAGAAGAAGCGCGGAGUCUACGCCGGAAAAAGCAUGGUCGUUCAACCGUGCAUGGGUUGCUUACUACCUAUAACAUACUCUCACCAUAUACCAGACGACACCUUACUACAACUCGAGCCGAUACCGGUCGUGGCAUCGGAGACUAACUGUUUCGGCAGCCUCCCCGGCACGCUCGUCACGAGCGAUAACGGACAGUUACCCUAUACAAACCUAGGCGAAUGCCCGAUCAGGUUGGAACAGGGACAACUGAUUGCAUACAUAUCCAGCCCCGGCGCCGUCGCCGCCACGCCCACCGUCGUGUACGUCGCGCAGGUGGCAGACAACGCAAACAUAUCUGCCAAAAGAAAGGAAGGCGACGACGACGUGGAUCUAAACAGAAUAAAGAUCCCUAUAGCAAUUCCUGAGUUCGACGCUACCCUAUUAACGGAAGCCGACGUGUCAAACGCGUGGGGUGAGGAAUAUGCCUGCCAAGUACACGCGGUGUUAGACAAGCAUUCACCACUCUUCCAUCCGGAGCUGGGACGUUUCACAGGGAAAAAGAUGGGGAUACCAUUCCAUGACAAACGUGAUAUCAAAGGCCUCAAGCAAAAUCCUUAUUCGCUGACGUACCGUGAUCGUGCAGCAAUGGACGGUGUUCUUGAUCCGUUGCAUCAGACAGGGCAGGUCGAAAAGGUUCCGCUUGAUCGACCAUCCCCUGUAUCCUCUUCUGUGUUCGUUGUUUAG